AUGGAAAAACGGGAUGUAAUUCUGACGGCGGUCUUCUCCUCCAUAGCGGCGCUGAUUAUCUUGGCCGGGGCUGGAGCUGCUUGCUAUUUCUUCCAGAAGAGGCGCCGCAAGCGCGAAGAAGAGGAAGAAGAAGAAGCGGAAGGGAAUCGUAUCGCUGCCGAAGAUAAGAAGUCGCGUUUGAACGGAUUCCUCAGCCUGAAAACUCCACUGAUAUCGACGAAGACUUUAGGAGCUCAGUUAGAGACAACAGGAAGUCCCCAAGCAAAAUCACCAGCUGGCAGCAGUGCUGGAGCAUUGGUACCCUCAGAAGCCCGUACCCCCACAGCACCCGCCAACAAAGCCUUGCAGAAUGUCAAGGGGGACCAUCCGUCGAUGGCUUUCCUCCAGAGCCGCUCAAUAUCCUUGGUGGACAUGUACAUUGACAAUUCGGAACCGUCAGAGAAUGUUGGACAAAUUCAUUUUUCUCUGGAGUACGACUUCCAAAACACCACACUUAUUCUUAAAAUUAUGCAGGGUAAGGAUCUGCCGGCCAAAGAUCUUUCUGGUACAAGCGAUCCAUACGUACGGGUUACACUGCUACCAGAUAAAAAACACCGCCUCGAAACAAAAAUCAAACGGCGAACCCUGAACCCCCGAUGGAACGAGACCUUUUACUUCGAAGGAUUCCCUAUUCAGAAAUUGCAGUCCAGAGUGUUGCAUCUCCAUGUCUUCGAUUACGAUCGAUUCUCCAGGGACGACUCGAUCGGAGAAGUGUUCUUGCCAUUGUGCCAGGUUGAUCUCAGUGAAAAGCCCUCAUUCUGGAAAGCACUCAAACCUCCCGCAAAGGACAAAUGUGGAGAAUUACUUACCUCCCUUUGUUAUCACCCCAGCAACAGCAUUCUUACUCUAACAUUGCUCAAGGCCCGUAACCUUAAAGCCAAAGACAUCAAUGGAAAAUCUGAUCCGUACGUUAAAGUUUGGCUGCAAUUUGGUGACAAGCGAGUGGAGAAACGUAAAACCGCCAUCUACAAGUGUACUCUCAAUCCUGUCUUUAACGAUUCCUUCUCUUUCAAUGUACCUUGGGAAAAAAUAAGAGAAUGCUCUUUAGACAUUAUGGUUAUGGAUUUCGAUAACAUAGGAAGAAAUGAGCUUAUUGGAAGGAUAUUAUUGGCCGGUAAGAAUGGUUCCGGAGCAUCCGAGACUAAACACUGGCAGGACAUGAUUACAAAACCAAGACAAACUAUUGUCCAAUGGCAUAGGCUCAAGCCAGAGUAAAAAGAUGUUUAAAUGUGGUAAUUUAAUAUUUUAUCUAAAAUAGCAUACAUUUCUAUAUAUCUGAACAUUCUUCUUCUACGUAUUAGAAUUGUUUUGUGUCUAAACUUAAAGUCAGUAUUUUUUUAACAAUAUAUUAACUAACACUAAUCUAAUUUUGAAACAACAUCUAAACUUACUAUGUUAAAAUUUGUUAGACGUUAGACGUUAAUAUUUUCCAAAUAUAUAAAUUGCCAAACUAUAUUAGGUAUAUAGUAUGAAUCUGAACCAAAUAUGUGGUCGAUAAUUUUCUAGUCCUGCAAUAUAUUUUUUUCAAUGAUGAUAGUUACGUAAUACUAAUGGAUAUUAUGUAAUUUAUUUAGUUGUUAAUAUUCUCUGCUCCUUUAGGCCGUUCUUAUUUAUUACUUUAUUACUUACUCAAAUAUCAAGUCAAGAAAGAUUUGUACUUAAACUAAACCUAAGUAAUUAUCUUAAAAAUAUUAGUUGCCGUCAGGUAUAAUUACUAUAGCUUAUAUUUUUUGCAUUAUACAAAAAUACAGGAUACCUACAUAGAGAUGGUCUCUAUCAAAUUAAUCAUUAUUUAAUUUUAUUUUAAAAAAUAUAUUUUGACUACUUUGUUUUUCUUUCGACCAUGUCACAUAAUGUUCAUUGUGCUGUUAGAUUGUAUGUUCUUGGAUAUUAAUUUUUGUCAAUUCUUUUGUGAUAUACCGUGCUGGCAACUGUUACUUUUGGGUCGGUAUUUUAUUAAGUCGGAGUGGGAGAAAUGCGACGAUGUGCUGUGGCGGCGUUGCCGGUACGCCUUUCCCUAUCAAGUAAAGUAAAAUCACGAUCGCAAACGGCUUAUU